AUGGCAGGACGUCGGUACGUCGACGAUGUCUCCAUUGAUCGGUACGAAGAUCGAAGAGACUACACAUCCCGGAACGGGCGUCGAGUCUACGAAGACCGCUAUGCCGAUGAAGAGAUAGACUAUCGUCGUGCUCCUCCGCCAGUCCGGGAGCGGCAAAGGGAAGUGGUCGUUCGAGAAGAUGUUCGAUCCAGAUCCCCUCCCGCCUUCUUACGAGAAGACUAUGGCCGAACCUCUGCUGGGCCCAUGGUCCUUCGGGCCCGAGAACGAGAAGACUUUGAGUUUGCCCCUCGACCUCGUCGACGAUCACCUUCUCCCGAGCCGGAAAGAAAAGCUGAAAAGGAGGAGAUCAUUAUCAGAGGAAGGGAAGAGUCGGAAUCAAGACCGCCACCUCGUAUAAGGGAGAGAUCUCGAGACGUCGAGCGUGAAGAGAUCAUCUUCCGUCGGGACGAGAGAGAAACCGACCGGAUUCUACCUCCCGCUCGUGAUCGAGAUAGGGAAGAAAUCAUCAUCCGAAGAGACGAGAAGGAGCGAGAUGUGAGACCUCCGCCUCCGAGAGAAGCCAAUUCGUCGAGAGAAGAGAUCAUCAUUCGUCGUGAUGAAGAUGACCGUCGAUCUCGCUACGAUGGAGAUUACGACGAUGUCAUCUCCAGAAGGGGUGACUAUGACCGGAGAACCGUUAGGGGCGAUGCCGAGAGAGACGAAAUCAUAAUUCGCCGUGAAGAUCAAAAGUUGGAUCCCCGUCGAUAUGAUGAUUACACCAUGACGCGACCCAAGUCACACGAGCGGGCGAGAUCUCGAGCCCGACGCUCUAGUAGCGGCUCGAACCAGGAAAUUAUUAUUCGACAAGAAGAGCGAGAAGGUCGCAGUGGAGCUCGAGACCGACAAGAAAUCAUCAUCCGCAAAAAUUCUCGCUCUCGGUCUCCUUCCACCUCGGUCACGUCAGCUCCACCACCUCCAGCUCCAGAGCCGCAAAUUAUCAAUGCUCCCACUAUUCACCAAGAAGUCAUUACUCAUCAUCGUCAUAUUGAUCACGGCUUUGAAGUCGCAACCCCUGCACGGCGCCGGGUGAUUUCUCGACCCCCAUCACCGCCCAGUCCGCCGCUGCCGGCCCCGGCCCCUCGAGCUCGUUCCGAGGAACGGAUCCAAAUCAGCAGAACCCAAACUCGCAAUGGUCGCACCGAGAAUGAAGAUAUUAUUAUUGAUCGUAACGAAGGUCCGCCCGGACCGAGAAGCGUUGCUCCAUACUCCCCUCCUCCACCACGAGAUGCAUACUACGACGCGCCGCCGCCUCGUCGUGAACCUUACCGUGGCUAUGACCGAGAUGUGGAAGAAGAGGCCGAAUGCUAUAAUCAUCGUGCGCUUGAUCGCACCUACGUCGGUGAAGGAUAUCACGGAGCGACCAGAGACUGGGCAAUUGUGGACGUUCCUCCAGGCACUAGUCGUGUUCGUAUGGACGGAGCCGGGGGGGGAAGUCAAGAAAUCACGUGGCAGAGAUACAAUGGCGUCCGAAGAAGCAAAUUCAUGCCCGACGGGGUCAGUGAUGAGGGCUACGCAAGUGAAGUCGGCAGACCUCUUCCUCCUCCGGCCCCUGCUCCAUUGCCUGGGCCUCUUCCUCCGCCAGCCGCCAAUGGAGAAAUUGGACGGCGUUAUGGCCGAGAGCGAGAUCCCAAAGAGGGUCUGUGGACUGAGAUCACCAAGGAUUUGGUUGUCAAAGAAGCAAUCCAAGAGAUGGGCUAUGAGUUCGAAGAGACUGAUGAUUUCUAUUACAUCAUUGCGUAUCUGCGCUACGAAGACGUUGCUCGCCUUGUCGGUCUUUCCGACGAUAUCCGCAAGGAGCGGAGAAAACGUAUCAAAGAGAUCGAAUGGGAGAAUCGAGUUUUACCUCCUCCUGCCGUGGAAGAUGUGCCUCGACCACUUGCCAUUGAGGCUCCACCACCUCGCCCUCGUCAAGAAUGGGACCGAGAAGAAGAUCGCUAUAUUGAACGUGAAGUGGUUUACCGGGGUGGACGACCGCCGCCCCCAGUGGGGUGGAGACGGUGA